AUGGACAACACAGAAUGGAAAAAUGAUCAUAAAUGUGUAGGUGAACUCUCCAAGAGGGAGUGUUUUCUUGAAUCUCACGAUGCUAGCAACUCUUCUACGGAUGGAAGCAAAAUGUACAGCUCAUUUAGAAAGACUAUUGAUAAAAUUGGAAAGAAAAAUGUUGUACAAGUUGUUACAAAUAAUGCUAGUGAAAAUGUUAGUGCGGGGGAGAUGAUGGAAGCUAUGUAUCCAAACAUUUAUUGGACUCCAUGUGCUGCCCAUUGUAUCAACUUGAUGUUUGGUGACAUAUUCAAGGAAAACUCAUAUGCCUUAGUUUUCACUAAGGCCGUCAAGGUAUAUUCUUACAUUAGUCAGAGGUCGUUGUUGUUGAAUUUGAUGAGAAAAUUUACAAAUGAAAGAAAUUUGGUGAGACCGGUGAAGACUAGAUUUGCAACGGCUUUCUUAACUUUGCGGAGUUUUUACUUGAAAAAGAAAAAUUUGAGAAAGCUAGUUUUUUCGAAUGAAUGGAAAGAUAAUAAAUAUGCAAAGGAAGCUGCAGGGAAAGAAACUGCCAAAGUUCUUAUUUCUCCAUCAUUUUGGAAUGACAUCCUUCGGGCUCUUAAAGUUGGUGGUCCUUUGAUUAGGGUGUUUCGUAUGGUGGAUGGGGAGAGAAAACCACCAAUGGGCUAUCUUUAUGAAGCUAUGGAUAGAGCCAAAGAGAGUAUUGCAGCGUCAUUUGAGGGAGAUGUUAGGAAAUAUGAGAAAGUUUUUGAGAUAAUUGAUACCAGGUCGGACAAUCAACUCCAUCGACCUUUGCAUAUAGCAGGCCAUCUUCUGAACCCGGGAUAA